AUGCUCCUCUGCAAGAUGAAUAAAUUAUCUGGUCGCAUCUUAUUACCGUGGAAGCCAAUCCGCGUGUUCCGGCCGAACCCCCAUUGCCACAAGUUCCUUUCGAGCUUCUCUCCCGCACAGGCGUGUAAUUCCAGUCAGGACAAGGGCACUGUCGAAUCUCAAAAAGGGAACUGUGGCUCGGCGACUGCCUCAAUCACAGCGAACAAACAGUCAUUAUCAGCAUGGCAACUCAGCUUUUGGAAAUGCCGUCAUACAUGGAAACGCGCUGGGAUAAACACGUUACGCUGCCUAGUCGGCUGUACGCUAGGUGACUUCUCCGCCCUGUGGAUGCUCCAGACGUUCUAUCCGGGGCUCGGGAUGGGGACUAUCAUGGCCGCAUCUAUGGCGUCCGGAAUCACCACGUCGAUUAUUCUUGAAACAGUCCUGCUCCGGCGUGGAGCUGACCAGCUCUCCUGGCCGGUGGCCCUUCGCACUGCUAUGGGAAUGAGUAUGGUAUCGAUGGUCGCAAUGGAGGCGGCAGAGAAUACUGUAGACUAUCACCUGACUGGCGGUGUUGUGGCUCUGGACGACCCCAGUUUCUGGAUGGCAGCUGCUGUGUCAAUGACGGCUGGCUAUCUGGCUCCGUUGCCGUAUAAUUACCUACGGCUGAAGAAAUAUGGGAAGGCCUGUCAUUGA